AACAGUGUUUUUUUAAUGGCACGAGACACAGCGUUCGGGGCUGCAAAAAUCUCCCCGUCGGCGGAAUAUACUGGCAAUGGGACACAGGAAGAAGAUAUGGCUGGAGUGAACGGCAUGCGCCACGAGAAAUAUACAGAAGAUGGGCACGGAUCUCAAAGACAUCGAAGAAGAUCAAAGUCGGUCGGUGAAAACUCGAACCAACGUGAACUGAAUGCCUAUUUCCUAAUUAGCUCUGCAGUCCAGAACACAGGGGCCCAUGGCAUUCCGAACAUUGCACGCGCGAAUUCUAUGUCCAAGCGAAUUUUCUGGUCGAUCCUCUUCAUGGGUGCUAUGGCAGGAUUCUUCUGGCAAACGGCAACGCUCAUCGACUAUUACACCGAUUUCGAGGUCAUUACGAAUUUGGACGACCUCUACUCGGGAAGCAUACGAUACCCCGCAAUCACCUUUUGUAAUUUGAAUCCUUAUGCCAGUUCCAAAGCUAGUACUUUCUCAAGGGAGUUCGCUGAUGCUGUGGGUGUACCUUACAACGAUGGGGUUAAUGUGACGGCGUCAACAGUUACAAUGACGUCCUCAACAACUUCACAAUCGUCAACAGUGCCUUCAACGGAAAGGGUACGUUGCUUACAUUAG